GUAGGAAAAGAAGAAGUAUUGGAAAUCAAUUCCUUCUAUAAAAAAUUCUUGAAAAAAAUAAAAAAAAUUCCUUCUAAAAGAUGUUUUGGAAAUUUGGGAGUGGGCCCAAUCAAGGUUCAAUUCCACUAUAUAAAACCCGAGAUUCAAAGACAAAAUCUCGCACAGAAGGAAUGAAAUCAAUGCUUCGUAGCAGCAAUGGCGUAUGGUAGUCGCAUGGGCCGACUCAGAGGAGGGUUCUUCCAGGUUCCUCUUUGCGGCGAUACGCAGGAACUCGAACAAUCAUCCCGAGACGGCAGCCACUACAGCCUUUCUACUGGCAUUCUUCCGCCUCUGGGCGCUCGGAGCAACCGCAGAGUGAAACUCCGCCGCUUUAUCGUCUCUCCCUAUGAUCGCCGUUACAGGGCUUGGGAGACCUUUCUGGCUGGUCUGGUCCUCUACAUUGCUUGGGUGUCUCCUUUUGAAUUUGGUUUUCUUUCAACCCCAGCAAGACCCCUCAGUAUCACUGAUAAUGUUGUGAACGGUUUCUUUGCAAUUGACAUUGUUGUCACCUUCUUUUUGGCAUACAUGGACAAAACCACAUACCUUCUUGUUGAUGACCCAAAACAGAUCGCUUGGAGGUAUGCAAGCACUUGGUUCACAUUUGAUCUCAUUUCCACAAUCCCUCCAGAAGUGGCCUGUAAAAUCUCACCACCAGUAAGCCUAUAUGGUUUAUUCAGUAUGCUUCGCCUCUGGCGUCUCCAUAGAGUUGGUGCUCUGUUUGGCAGAUUGGAGAAAGAUAGGAAUUUCAGUUAUUUUUGGGUUCGAUGCGCAAAACUUGUUUGCGUUACCCUUUUCGCAGUUCAUUGUGCGGGUUGCUUCUAUUAUUUCCUUGCUGCUCAUUAUCAUGACCCAAAAAAGACUUGGAUUGGGGCAUCAUGCAUUGACGAUUUUCAUCACCAGAGUCUAGUGAUCCGUUAUGUUACUUCUAUAUAUUGGUCGAUCACAACUCUAUCAACAGUUGGUUAUGGCGACCUGCAUGCUGAGAAUACAUUAGAGAUGAUAUUUACCAUGAUCUACAUGCUUUUUGACUUGGGGUUGACAGCAUACCUAAUAGGAAAUAUGACGAAUUUAGUGGUCCACCGUACAAGCAGGACUAGAGAAUUUAGAGAUACAAUUCAAGCAGCCUCAAGCUUUGCACAGAGGAAUCAGUUGCCUACUCGCCUCCAAGAUCAGAUGCUUGCUCACUUGUGCUUAAAAUUUAGAACAGACUCAGAAGGUCUGCAGCAGCAAGAGACUAUUGAUUCACUACCUAAAGCAAUCCGGUCAAGCAUAUCAAACUUUCUUUUUUACUCUUUGGUUGAUAAUGUCUAUCUCUUUCGGGGAGUAUCAGAUGAUUUACUCUUCCAACUAGUCUCAGAGAUGAAAGCGGAGUACUUUCCCCCCAAAGAGGAUAUAAUUCUUCAAAAUGAAGCACCAACAGACUUCUAUAUUCUUGUGGCCGGAGCUGUGGAUCUUCUGGUUUAUAAAAAUGGAGUUGAACAGGUUGUUGGUGAGGCCAAGACUGGUGAUCCUUGUGGUGAAAUUGGGGUUAUGUGUUAUAGACCUCAGCUAUUCACAGUACGUACAAGAAGGUUGUGUCAACUUCUUCGAAUGAGCCGUACUUCAUUUUUGAAUAUUGUUCAAUCCAAUGUUGGAGAUGGAACCAUAAUAAUGAAUAACCUCCUUCAGCAUUUGAAGGAAGCAAGGGAUCCAAUUAUGGAAGGAGUCCUCUUACAGACGGAGAACAUGUUAGCACGAGGCAGAAUGGACCUACCUCUCACCCUUUGCUUUGCUGCACUUAGAGGAGAUGAUUUAUUGUUGCGUCAUUUGCUGAAGCGGGGCCUGGACCCAAACGAAUCUGACAACAAUGGAAGAUCAGCUCUUCAUAUAGCAGCAUCUAAAGGAUGUAAGAACUGUGUACUUCUUCUGCUGGACUUUGGAGCUGAUCCCAACUGUAGAGACAUAGAAGGGAGUGUACCAGUAUGGGAGGCCAUCCUGGGCAAGCAUGAACCAGUGAUCAGGCUACUGAUAGACAAUGGUGCUGAACUGUGCCGAGGUGACCUGGGCCAAUUUGCAUGCAUUGCCGCUGAGAGAAACGACUUCGACCUACUCAAAGAAAUGGUAAGGUGGGGUGGGGACGUGACGCGUCCCAAAGCGAAUGGAUCAACCGCACUUCACAUUGCAGUGUCCGAAGGCAACCUUGAGAUGGUCAAGUACCUGGUCAACCAAGGGGCCGACAUUGACAAGCCCGAAGAAAACGGGUGGACUCCGAGGAGCCUUGCAGAACAGCAAGGCCAUGAGGACAUCAAACAACUGUUUCUUGAAUCCUCCUCCAACAAAACCCAGCAACCUUGUCCUGCCGCCAACAGUUUCAUAACAAUACCCGAAGAAGAAGAAAGGAGCGGCGUUCGGUUCCUGGGGAGGUUCAAGAGUGAGCCAACCAUCCCACUUUCUUCUACAAUAGAUGGGUCCUCCGGCGGCGGCGGUGGCAGUGGCGGCGGUCGAUCGAGGAGGAGGAAGAGUAACACCUUCCACAACUCAUUGUUCGGAGUACUGUCAGCUGCUGCCCGGAACGGCGGAGACAACAACCUUAAUAAUAACCAGAGUGGCCUGCCGACAUUUCCUGAGAAUGCCACUCCGGGUGCUGCCGCCGCCACAACUUGCCCUCCUGCUAGAGUGACGGUGUGCUGCCCGGAGAAGGGAGAUUUUUCUGGGUUUGUGGCGGUGCUCCCAAGUACCUUCCCGGAACUACUUGAGAUGGGUGCUAAGAAAUACGGGUUCUUGCCGGCAAAAGUGUUGAGCAAAGAUGGAGCCGAGAUUGAUAGCAUAGAGUUGAUCAGAGAUAAUGAUUACUUAGUUUUUAAAAGCGAUGCGGCUUCCCUGGUGGACGUGGCAGGAGAUCCUGGUGCUCAUACAGGGGAAGAGAGUCGUGGAGAGCCAGGUCAGGAGGGGACGAACGGCUGGGCUGGAAUUCGGGUCGGCAGAGGCGAGGAGUUGAUUGCGAGAUUGGCUCUGGCUUUGGGCUCAUCUGUGGAGGCCGGUGUCGAAGAUCCGGAGGCGGAAACUUUGUUCGACAGCGGGAAAAAGUGUGGCGGCCGAGGAUGGGCUGUUUUCGAUUUUGAGCAGUGAAACUGGAUUUUCCAUAGGUGGCGGAAGCUUAGGGAGUUGUGGGCUGGAUCGUUCAGGUGGAAAAGCAAAAAGGGGAGAAAGGGGUAUUUUUGGUAUUUUAAGUGUUUAGUCAACUCCCAAUAAAAAUGAUAAUAAGUCAAAACGUAAACUUUAAUACCGGACGGAGGGAGUAGUAUUUUAAUAUGUAAUUUUUAUUUUUUAAUUCUACACUAUUUUUCAUAUGAAAUGAUUAAAAAAUAACUUCAGUCAAACAUC